CCAAAUCAACUAAACAAUAAUAAUUUACAAUCGUACUUAAUUGAUUUAAUUUACUAAUUAAAGAAACUAAUUGCAAUUAAUUAAUUAAUUAUUCACAACUGGAUUAAUAAUUCACCAAGUGCUUAGUGUGGAAAAUUGAUUAACAAUCAAUAAUUGACGAAAUAUAACGUCACACCGCGACGUUUCGUUUCCGCUCACGUCUUCCUCAAUGUGUGUCAUUUAACCAACGCUACCGUCUCCCAAUUUUGCUAUCGAGACCUCGUUCGUGAUCGAAAUAAAUUCCAUAAAUGCACUAAUUUAUACAAAAUUCGUCCGGAGCCGCCUCCCUUGAUUCUACGCUCAUGAAUGUCAAAAGUAAAAUUAAGGACACGUUUUUUGUCCUUCACUGUACACAUGAUGACUUUUACAAAAUGGGGGAUUCCCAGAUUUGUAAAUUCUACGAUGGGCAGAAUGUGCUAGUGACCGGCGGGACAGGCUUUAUGGGGAAAAUUCUCAUCGAAAAGUUGCUGAGAAGUACAGACGUUGCGACGAUUUUUCUACUGAUAAGGGAGAAGAAAGGGAAGAAUGUGCAUACGAGACUUGACGAUAUUUUUGACAAUAUUAUUUUUGAACGGUUGAAAAAAGAGCGCCCAAAAUUCCGCCACCGUGUGGUGGCUGUUGCCGGCGAUUGUUCCAUUUCCGGUCUAGGUUUGACCAUCACAGACCGUCAGAAAUUAAUGUCAGAAGUACAUAUUGCAUUUCAUGUCGCGGCAACUGUGCGAUUCGACGAAAAUUUAAAACUUUCGUAUUCAAUCAACGUUAAGGGGACAGCUGAUGUGAUCGAACUUUGCCGCCAAAUGAAAAAUUUGAAGUCCCUAAUACACGUGUCCACGGCCUACUCCAACUGCCACUUGGACUCGAUUGACGAAACUUUCUACGACUACCCGGUGGAUUACGAAAAAGUUGGAGCUCUGCUGGAGAAGGUUUCCAAAAGCGAAGCCGACAAACUCACACCCAGAGUUAUAGGCAAAUGGCCCAACACCUACACGUUCACCAAAGCUUUGGCCGAAGCUUUGAUCAGAAACACCGCCACGAGUUUGCCUGUCGGGAUUUUUCGACCAGCGAUCGUUAUUUCAACGUACAAAGAACCAAUGGAGAGUUGGAUUGAUAAUUUGUAUGGACCUACGGGGGCUGUAGCUGGGGCUGCUUCUGGACUUCUCCGUGUUUUUCCAUGUAAUGAGGAUGUGGUGGCUGAUAUUGUACCAGUUGACACGUGUGUGGCCGGAAUUAUCGCAGCGGCGUGGGAUGUGACAAAUAAAAGGAACGAAAGGACGUCCCCCAGCAUCCCCAUCUACAACUACGUCUCCUCCGUCAGCAACUCCGUGACUUGGAACGAAUACAUAACCCUCAAUAAAAUCCACGGCACAAAAUACCCUCUCCUGAAGGCCCUCUGGACCAUUAAAAUCGCCGCCAUCAGCGACCCCCGCCUUUACCUCCUAAUGCGAAUUUUCCUCCACUUAAUCCCGGCCUUUUUCCUGGAUUUUUGUGCCAUAAUCGUCGGCCAAAAGCCACGUCUAGUCUCAAUGUACAGCAAAAUCCACAAAUUUUCCGACGUUAUCGCCUUUUUCUGUACAAGAGAAUGGAAAUUCACUAAUGAUAACGUGGAAAAUCUUUGGGAGAAAAUGAACACCGCUGAUAAGGAACUCUUCCCUUUGAGCAUCACGACAGUGCCUUGGAUCACCUACUUUCGAGGCUAUUUCAAAGGGAUAAGGGUGCACUUGUUGAACGAUCCCAUGAGCACGCUGGACGAGGCUAGGGCCAGGAAAAGAAAGUUCGAUUUUGCACACAAUGGUCUCAAGUUUUUGUUCGUUUUUAUUAUUGUUACGCUGUUUUGGAUUGUUGUUUUUAAAACUGCGGCUUUGUUUAGCAGUGACACUGAAGCGGUAACGUUUAGUAAUAGUACAGAUAAUUUUUUAACAGAUGUUUUAAACAGCUAGCUUAGGUUUGUAAGUUAUGGUUAUUGUGCCAAUAAAAUUUUCAGCUUUU